GUCACUACGUUUCGUCGUGUGCCUGUGAAAAUGAAGAAUUCCUGUGUUCUACUCCUCACCAUUUCAAUUGGAAUAUUCCUUUCUAUCGCGGGUGCCUCACCAACGGGGGUCACAACGGCGGCUCAGCUGAUGCAGGCGCCCCAUCUGCUGCAACGUCGGGCGGUAAUAUUUCGACCACUUUUUGUCUACCGGCAGCAGGAGCUUUCGAAACAGAGCAGACAGGAGGAAAGGGUGGAGGACAGGUUGGAUUAUCAGCAGCAGCUAGCGGAACAUCAACGGCUGAUGAAGGAGUAUGAAAAACAGCUAAAAGAAUACGAGCAACAGCAGAAGCAGCAUCACGGUUAAUUGACUAGAACUACUUUUUUUAACAACUAUUAGAGUGUGAAUGAUUAUAAAAUGUAUCUCGUUUUUUUAACUCAGUCAAAAGUGCAAGUAAAACUCCAAUGUGUAAUUAAGUGUAGAAAUUUUUUAUUGUGCUUCAAUACAAAACAAACGAAUUAAUUAAUGUCUCCUGUUAGACCACGAUCCUCCUUCGAAGCUGCGAGUAGAGAAGUACUUUGGAUCACUUCGUAGAUCUCGCCUCGUAAAUUCAGUGGAAUCACACUAUCUGAACUUUUUUUUAUUAGAAAUGAUAAUCUACGGAGGAAAAACAAACAUCACGAUGAUUAAAAAGUAUGAAAGCCUCUGCCAAGGGGGUAUAGGAGCAUGGAUGCCGGGUUAGCAUGUAAUUACGAAUGUU